AUGGCGGUCGGCCAACUAAGAAAGCCAGCAUUCAAGAUUCGCUCGUGCGAUGGUGACAUCUUCAUUGCUCAAGAUUGGCUCAUUCAAAAAUCGAAAUGCUUCUCUGUCGUUUACCCAUACAUGAAGGAUUCGGCUCAACCCCUGCAAACUACCGUAUCCAGUUUCAUCUUCGAGAAAAUUGUCCAAUGGUGCUACCACCAUCGCAACAACGACGAUUCCACCCUAUUCCAGCGGACAGUUCCUGAGUGGGAUGCCCAAUUCCUUCAAUCCAACAACGCCAUCGUACUCCAUCUUAUCGAGGCCGCGUACCGUUUGGAAAUCAAAGGACUGUUGAACAUCGCCUGCAGAGCGGUGUCGACAAUGCUUGGAAAAUCGUUGACCGAGGUGAAAGUCAUGCUUCGUGUUGCGGAACCAGAGGAAAUUUUGGAGCUGGAAAUUAGAGCCGAUAAUGAAGCCGCCGACGUUGAAGCUGAGAUGAUUCCAGCGAUUUCAGCUGCCUGA